UGUAUUUUCACGCAGCCUGCGUGUUCUCACGCCGUUGGUACCGCCCGGGUCCGACUCGGCACUGCUUGAAUGACAGUUGGGCGACAUGUCCAAGUUCGACAUUCUAGUCCGUUUGCCAGUCAUCUGAGUUUGCACCGGCGUUGGAAUGAUGCUUUACACAGCUGCCAAGGUCUCCAUGCGGAACCAGAUGAAAUGAAUAAAGCCCCGCAGCCUAUAGCAGGACCUUCCUCCACCCCUCAUCCCGCCCCCUCUCCUGGACUCUCACAGGCCACCUACCCUCCAGGACAGCCCCCUGUCGUGUUCACUACCCCACCCCCACCAAUGAACCCCACAGCCCAAUCCCGCCAGGGAGGAUUCAGGUCGCUGCAGCCGUACUAUCAGAACCGGGCCAACCUUCCCAGCAGUGCCCAGCGGGUAACGUCCAGUGGUGGUGCCCGGGCCAUGGGACCCACACAUGUCUACCCAUCCAACUCGCAGAUGAUGGUGAUCCCUCAACAGCCGCUCCCAUUUACCAACUCGCAGGGUCCGGCCACUUAUUUCAUCCCCUCCGGCCAGUAUCGCUCGACCUAUGUGGCCACCACACAGCAGUACCCGGUCCCCACGGGAACAACUGGCUUCUACCCUGGAUCCAGCCCGGCAGAAUAUGGUACAUAUGCAGGAGCAUUCUACACGACCCAGCCGCAGUACCCGGCACCUGUCCAGCCCACGCCGGUCAUCAUGAACGCGCCACCGCCACAGCAGCAACAGCAGCAGCAGCAACAGCAGGCCCCGGUCCACACAAAGCGGGAACGCAAGCAGAUUAGAAUAAGAGACCCCAAGGACGGCCGUGACAUCACAGACGAGAUUAUGUCUGGGGGCCGGUCCACCUCCACCCCCACCCCACCUCAGUCUGCUACUCUAGGCUCAGAAGGCGGUGUGGUUCAGGCGAAUGGUGAGAAUGUGACACCGGCUGCCAUGGCAACCAAACCAGAUGAUCGUGGAAAACCCACUGUGGUUUCAGCCCCUCCAUCAAAGUCCCCCGAGCCAGGAAAGGCUGACCCUGUGGUGCCCCCCUGUGCCGAGGGUAAACCUGACAUGGACAGUAAGGAGGCCCUCCUCCCCCCAGAGGUGCCGCUGCCCCCGGGGGAACCCUCCGCCAACACUAACACGACCUCUGCACCCCCAAUGGGUGAUGGCCCCGAUGCCCCCGCCGGGCCCGAUGCCCCCGCCAGCCCCUCUGCCGGCGCCCCCCUACAGCCAGAACCAUCCGAGGUGGAAGAGGAGGUCCUAGCCACUGUUGCGGAGCUGAAUCUGCAAGCAUGUGACAAGGAGGAAGUGGAGAAGGAAGAGGAGCCGGACAUAGUGGAGGUGGAGCCACUCACCGUCCCACUCACCCUGCCUAGUGCCAUACCGUCUGCCACUAAUGGCUUAAAGCCUACGGAGCCCGAGGCGAGCCCGGCUCCCGACCCCGAGGUCCCUCCCGAGUCCCCCAUCGCUCAGCCCGAGGAGCUGCAGCUGGCCAAUGGGUUGGCCACCCCCGGGGCGGCCGAGGCGGAGAGCACGCCCCAGGAGGUCCCCGAGAGCCCCGAGAGCCAUGAGAGCCCCAUCGCGGAGCCUGACGUGGCCCCACCGGACGAGGACUUCGCCGUAGCCGUGACCCCGCCCACACCUGCCGAGGAGGGGGAGGACGCACCCCCCCCGCAGAGUGCCCCUGCUGGGGAGACCUCUAUGCAAGCUGCUGUCUCCAUGCCAAAGAAAAAAAGGAAGAUGAAGGUCCUCAACAAGAAGGAGACAGGAGACCUUCUAGAUGCCUUUAAGGAAGAGCAGGUGGUAGACAGCCACCCUGAAUCGGAGCUGUCUCUCACCACCCCCACCCACAUCGAUGCAGAGGAGCCACAGCCUGCUCCGCCCACUGCCGAGGAGGUCGAUGAGACCUGGGAGGAGAAGGAGGACAAGCUGGAUGCUGAGAAUAUCGAACCCGAGACCCAGAAAUAUGACUACAAACAAGAACAAUGGAAACCUCUGAACCCAGAAGAGAAAAAGAAAUACGACCGUGAGUUUCUAUUGGGCUUUCAGUUCAUCAGCGCUAGCAUGCACAAGCCGGAGGGGCUGCCCCACAUCAGUGACGUCGUCCUAGACAAGGCCAACAAGACGCCCCUUCGGCCACUGGACCCCAGUCGCCUGACAGGCAUGAACUGUGGUCCGGAUUUCACCCCCCAUUUUGCUAACCUGGGGAGGCCAAUGGGAAGCAGAGGGCCGCCAUCCGGAAUGGGCGGCCCCCGCCGUUCCCAGCAGGGCCAGAGGAAGGAGCCGCGCAAGAUCAUCGCCAGCGUGUCACUGAGCGACGACGUGCAGCUCAACAAGGCCGAGAAGGCCUGGAAGCCCAGCACGCGCAAGCAGUCCGUCAGCGUAGUGCGGGACGAGGACGACCCUGAGAUUUCCCGUACGCUGGAGCUUUUCCGUCGCGUCCGCAGCAUUCUCAACAAGCUCACGCCGCAGAUGUUCCAGCAGCUCAUGAAGCAGGUGCAGGACCUCACUAUUGACACCGAGGAGCGGCUCAAGGGCGUCAUCGACCUCAUUUUCGAGAAGGCCAUCUCCGAGCCUAACUUCUCCGUCGCCUAUGCCAACAUGUGCCGCUGUCUAAUAGGGCUCAAAGUCCCCACUGCCGACAAACCGGGAACCACUGUGAACUUCCGUAAGCUGCUGCUCAAUCGCUGCCAGAAGGAGUUUGAGAAGGACAAGGAUGACGACGAGAUCUUUGAUAAGAAGCAGAAGGAGCUGGACGCUGCAUCUGUGGAGGAGGAGAAGCAGCGUCUUAAGGAGGAGCUGGAGGACGCCAAGGACAAGGCACGGAGGAGGUCACUUGGCAACAUUAAGUUUAUCGGAGAGCUCUUCAAGCUGAAGAUGCUGACGGAGCCCAUCAUGCACGACUGCAUCGUCAAGCUCCUGAAGAACCACGAUGAGGAGUCGCUGGAGUGCCUCUGCCGGCUGCUGUCCACCAUCGGCAAGGACCUGGACUUCGAGAAGGCGAAGCCCCGCAUGGACCAGUACUUCAACCAGAUGGAGAAGAUCAUCAAGGAGAGGAAGACUUCUUCACGAAUCCGUUUCAUGCUGCAGGACGUGCUGGAUCUCAGACGGAACAACUGGGUCCCACGGAGAGGAGACCAGGGUCCCAAGACCAUCGAGCAGAUCCACAAGGAGGCCGAGCUGGAGGAGCACCGGGAGCAGAUAAAGGUGCAGCAGCAGCUGCUGUCGAAGAAGGAUAGCCGUGGCGGCGGUGGUGGUGGUGGUGGUGGUGGUGGCGGCGGCGGUGGUGGUGGUGGCAGCGGGCGGGGCGGCCUCCAUCCUCCAGGGGGGCGCAACAGCCAGCCUCAGGACGAGGGCUGGAACACCGUCCCCAUCUCCAAAAACCGCCCCAUCGACACGAGUCGUCUCAGCAAAAUCACAAAGCCUGGAGCCAUGGACUUCAACAACCAGCUUCUUGCCCCUGGGGGCAAGGGCACCUGGGGCAGUUGGGGCAAGGGCAGCAGCGGGGGAUCAGGGUCAAAGCCCAGCAGUGAAUCUGCCUCAGAAUCGGGACGUCCUGCCACCAGCACCCUUAACCGCUUCUCGGCGCUCCAGUCUGCCUCUGGCCCAGCUCCCGCACCGGAGGCUGAUCGUAAAGUCACCCACAGGUCCAGCUCCAGUCGGGACCGCGGUGAACGGUUUGACCGCUCCGACCGCCUGGACCAUGGCGCCGACCGCUUCGACCGCCGCGACGACCGCGGGUCCGACAGAGGUGACCGCAACAGGCCACCGGUCACCAAGAGGAGCUUCAGCAGGGAGGCUGAGGAACGUAGCCGUGAGCGGGAAAACCGCGGAGGCCCCGACCCGGUGCGGCGCGUGUCCAGCAUGACCGAGGACCGCGACCGCGCCCGUAGCAAAGAGACAGUGAAGCGAGAGACAGCCCCCACACCCCCCCCUGCUCCCAUCAAGCCUUCCAUGACUGAGGAGGAACUGGAGAAGAAGUCUUUGGCCAUCAUUGAGGAGUAUCUACACAUCAACGACAUGAAGGAGGCGCUGCAGUGCGUACAGGAAAUGAACUCUGCUGCACUGCUCUUCGUGUUUGUGCGGGUCGGCGUCGAGUCGACGCUGGAGCGCAGCACCAUCGCCCGCGAGCAUAUAGGCCUGCUGCUGCAUCAGCUGGUGAAGGCUGGAACGCUGCCCCCAGAGCAGUACUACCGUGGCUUCCGGGAGAUUCUGGAGGUGGCGGAGGACAUGGCCAUCGACAUCCCUCACAUCUGGCUCUACCUGGCUGAGAUCAUCUGCCCCAUGCUGUGUGAGGGCGGGAUUCCCAUGGCGCCGCUCUUCAGGGAGCUGUCUAGGCCGCUGAUUCCCCUGAGCAAGGCGGGCAUACUGCUUGUGGAGAUACUGACCCUGUUAUGUAAAGGAAUGAGCCAUAAGAAAGCUGGGGCUUUGUGGAGAGAUGCAGGCCUUAGCUGGAAGGACUUCCUGCCUGAAGAUGAGGAUGUAAACAAAUUUGUGACUGAAAAGAAAGUGGAAUUCACUCUGGGCGAAGAGUCUGAGCAAACCAGCAAGAAGGAGACAUCUUCUGAGGAGCUGAGCAAGCAGCUGGACAAGCUGUUUGAGGAGAAAACCAGCAACCAGAGGAUCUUUGACUGGGUGGAGGCUAACCUGGAUGAACAGCAGAUCAGCUCGAACAUGUUUGUCCGCGUGUUGAUGACCUCUGUAUGCCAAUCUGCUAUUACCUCUGAGAAUCCCUACAAGGUAGAUGGCGAACAGAUUACCCAGAGGGCCAAGGUACUGCAGAAGUACCUGACUGAUGAGCAGAAGGAGCUGCAGGCAUUAUAUGCCUUACAGGCUCUCAUGGUGAAGAUGGAGCAACCAGCGAAUCUGCUGCGCAUGUUCUUCGACACGCUGUACGACGAGGACGUCAUCAAGGAGGAUGCGUUCUACCGGUGGGAGUCCAGUAAGGACCCUGCGGAGCAGUUAGGCAAGGGCGUGGCCCUCAAAUCCGUCACCGCCUUCUUCACCUGGCUGCGGGAGGCGGAGGACGAGUCGGACAACAGCUAGGCAGCGCCGCACCCCCAGACCGUGGGCGGGUGAGCGGCGGCGAAUCAGCGCGCGCGGCGGAUCAGCGUGCGCGGCCCAUGGCAGGUGGACUCAUGAUCAGAAACUCUGCUCGCGAUCGAAUCCAAGCAAUCCACUGGGAGAUUCUGCGCAUCCUACACGCCACCGUUCAUUUCCCUUCCCCUUUUCUGCCGAAUGUCUUUAACAAAAUUAAAUAAAAUGAGAAUAAUUCAUGAAAAAUGAAACUUAUAAACUGUGGGAGUGCAGUUCCUUCAGUGUUUGAGGUUUUACCUUGUUUUAAAGCGUCGCUGUACACUAUCGAUGACAAAGUCCACGUCGACUAAGGCUGCUCUGUCUGAAUAUCAUUGUCCUCAUGGAACUCGAUGCUCCGUCAUGGUUCCUGUGUAUGAUUGUACACGGCCCUGUAGGUUAGUGUCCCCAUUUUAAGUUGUAGGAUUUUGGGAGUUUUUUUUAUGUAAAGGAAUUUUGAGGUGGAUAUGCUGGAGAUUUGGAGAUUUCAUAAAGGAGGCUUAUGAUUUUGUUUGCUGUCAAUUGUGGGGGGCAUGGGUGUGGCAGACUGGGUGGGAUGGACAUUUGGCCUUUUCUGGAAGGGGGGGGCGGGGUAGGUCACUAUACUCCCCCCACAAGCCACGCUCUGCCUGUGUCCCUGUUGGAGGUUGCUCCUUACCCCUGGGGCCUGUGCAGCCCCACCAAGCCUGUAGUGGAUUUUAAAAUUAAAUCAUUAAAACUUGAACGUAUAUAAAGAAAUCAACUUAUGAGAAAGGCAAAAAAAAAAAAAACACACACACACACAUCCUAAAGCCUUUUCUGCUUCCAUAAGUGGACAUAUUUCAGGAGAGUUCUGUAAAUACUUGUUUUUUUUUUUUUUAAUGAAAUGCUAAUGUAAUGCCAUGUAAUUUUUUUUCCUUUACGAAAGUGGCAGUUUUCCUGUAUGUAUAUUUUCCCUUGGCUAGCGGAAGGUGCUUGUGAUCACCUGAAUUCAUUGAUUUACGGUUGAAAUUUGUAAAUACUUUUUGCUUUAAGUAUUUAAUUAAAAGAUUAAUGCCUCUUUUCACAUCAAACUGGAAAAAUAAAGAACGUUGCAAAUAUGAA